AUAACAACCAUAUACACAUUUUACAAUAUCAAAUAAAAAUCAUAUUUUAGAAGUAACAAAUAUGAUAUCACCAUCUAUAGAACCCUAUAGUCCAAAUUUAAUAUGGCUUGUUGUUGUUGGUUAUAUCAUCGCAUUUAUACUAGCAUUUGGUAUUGGAGCUAACGAUUGUGCAAAUUCAUUUGGAACGAGUGUUGGUGCAAAAGUACUAACAAUAAAACAAGCAUGUAUAUUAGCAACAAUAUUUGAAAUCGCGGGCGCUUCAUUAAUUGGUUAUACUGUGUCAGAUACAAUACGAAAAGGUAUAUUAGAUCUUAGUCAAUAUAAAAAUCAAGAAUUAGAUUUAAUGCUUGGUUGCAUAUCAGCUUUAAGUGCAAGUGCGGUAUGGCUUAUACUUGCAACCUUUUUAAAUAUGCCCAUAUCUGGUACACACAGUAUUGUUGGCGCAACAGUUGGUUUUAGUUUAGCUGUAAAAGGUCUAAAUGGAAUACAAUGGAUUCAAAUACUUAAAAUAGGAUCAUCAUGGUUUAUUUCACCAGUUUUAAGUGGUUUAAUUUCAUCGUUAAUUUAUUUAUUUAUUUAUUAUGCAAUUUUAAUACGAAAAAAUCCAACUGAAGCUGGUUUAUUAUGUUUACCAUUUUUUUAUGGUUUUACUGCAAUUGUAAAUAUCUUUUCCAUUGUUCAUAAUGGACCACGUUUAUUAUAUAUGGAUAACUUACCGUUUUGGUUAGCUGUUGUAAUUAGUUUGUCAGCGGGCUUUGUAAUUAUGGCAUUAGUUCAAUUAUUUCUUGUACCAUGGCAAAGGAAAGUUAUGAAAAAGCGAAGAGCAUCAGCACAAGUCAAUUUUUCAAUUGGUGAAUCAGCAGAUCCAACACCUAAUGCAAGUCCAUCCAAAAUGAACAAUCGUUUAUCACAAUUAAGUAACGAUGAUAAACAAUUAUCAGUGAUAAGUGAAUGUGCAGAAAUGUUACCAUUAAGUCCAAAUGAAACUACUACAAAAAAUAUCAAAUAUACAUUUUGUGAAAAUAGUGUGACACCAUCAAAAUGUGUUAAAUGUAAUCAAGAUCAAUUAUACUGUAAAUGUAAAGAAACUAGUAAUAAUAUUGUACCAAAAACUCAACAAAAUUUAGAAAAUAAUAAAAAAAAGGAUUCAACCACGGCUCAAAAACAUAUAAAAUUACUUGAAAAUGAGACGACAACAUUAAUGACACCAAAUACUAGUACAAUGUUAUUAAUAUCGGAUAAAAAGACGUCGGCAUCAUCGGCAACAUUACAAAAUGAUAAUCAAAUAUUAGAUAGUUCACAUGCGAAUGGAAAUCAUAAUACACAACCGAAUCAUCCAUUUGAAGAGAUUGAAGCGACUCAACAACCAGAAGUUACAAGAUUAUUUAGUUUUUUACAAAUUAUGACUGCGAUUUUUGGAAGUUUUGCACAUGGUGGUAAUGAUGUAAGCAAUGCCAUUGGUCCAUUAAUAGCUCUAUGGUUGAUAUACACCGAAGGGACUGUAGAACAAAAAUCAGAAACACCGAUAUUUAUUUUACUGUAUGGAGGACUUGGUAUUACAGCUGGUUUAUGGAUUUUGGGACGCCGUGUUAUCCAAACUGUUGGUACUGAUUUAACAAAAAUUACUCCAACAACUGGAUUUUCUAUUGAACUAGGUUCAGCGUUCACAGUAUUAUUAGCAAGUAAAAUUGGCAUUCCAAUAUCAACGACACACUGUAAAGUUGGAUCAGUUGUUUUUGUUGGUAUGGCGAGUGCAGUUACUACAAAAGUCGGAUCACCGACGAAAGUUGUUGAUAUGGGAUUAUUUAGGAACAUAAUAUACGCUUGGAUAAUAACAGUUCCCAUGACGGCUGCAUUAUCAGCAGGUUGUAUGGUCGCACUAAGAAGUAUAGCUUAUUCGUUUUAAAAA